CUCACUUUAUAGAUCUGCCCGGCUCUCCGAGUGCUGGGAUUAAAGACAUGUACCGCCACGCCUGAUUUACGAAUAGGGAUUUGUUUUUAUGGGCUAUGGCACCAUCUACUGAGCGCCAUUCUGAGUCUGGUUUGAGUCUGUGAAAUGGGCACAACAAACCAAGACAUUCUCUUUUCAGGACUCUUGGUCUUCAGUGUUCUGGGUGCCAGAAGCGGGGCAUAAAAAAGAAACACAGCCUCAGCCCUCAAAAUUCAGGAACGGAGAUGGCAGAUUUCUUUAAAGCUCGCCCCACCCCCCACAAUCAGCCCGGUACUUCCCUCGGACGUUCACCUUCCUAGUCCCUUUCUGCGCAGUCGUUAUGUAAUUUUUCUAAACAUAGCUCCAUCACUAACAGCCUGGUAUCUUCUCUCAGCCUGUUUCUCAUCCUGGAAACAGGUAUCUCGUGGUAGUGGGGUGGCUGACUGCCCCUGCAGACCACACGCAGAUAUGUCCUAUUGGUGAAACCUUGGGAAGUUGCGAUACGUUAAAGAAUCUCAGAAGAAAAAUUUUCUAUGUCAUUUGGUUAAAUGACAUUUAAAAGUCAACCAACUAAUCUUUUAGCUCCGGUGAGCUUUAAGGACAGCAAACACACGAAAAACCUGGAAGAAGUCUUGUCCUUUGCGGGAUUUCUUCACUUCCUGGAAGCUGCACUUUCUCCCCUGGUUUGGGGGCGCGGGGAGAGGGCUGACGCCUUCUCUCACCUUUUGCCUUCCUGCUCCAUCCAGGGUCCAGGAAGGAAAGAUCAGAUGGCAGCAGGGAUCUGUACCAGGCUUAUAUUGGGAUGAACAAGUUAUCUCCGGGGUGCCUAGAGACUAGGGGCACCCUCUACUGGAGCAGAGCCAGGCCGGGAUAAGGAGGGCUAAGGAGGCUGCGCCCAAGCUCUCCCCGCCUCCGCGCUGUCUGCCGUCGGGCCCCGCCCGGCGCAGCCUUAACGCAAGCAUCGGAGUGUGUAAGGCACAUCCGGGUGUCGGAGGCAGAAGGCCGGUUUUAGGGGAUUCAGGAGAGUAUCCUGGGAAACAGGAGCAGGGCGCCAAUUCCAAGCCAGAAGCGCGAUCACCUGCACAGCACCAGGUUGAGACUGCGCACCAGCCCAGCCCUCGUCUUGGAGCCCCCUACCGGGUCUCUUUGGGAACCACCAGAAGAAAGCAGAUCACCCUACUACUUGCUGACAUGAUGCUGGCCGCCCGUCUCAGACCCCUGUCGCAGCUCCCAGGAAAAACUCUAAGUAUCUGUGACAGAAACAAUGUGAGAAGACACACACUCUUGUUUUACCCAGACUCCUUCACGGCAAACACCCGUCGGACUUAUGCCAGUGAGGCAAAUGAGGCGAGCGGCAAAGCUGUCCUGAUCACAGGCUGCGACUCAGGAUUUGGGUUUUCUUUGGCCAAACAUCUACACUCAAAAGGUUUCCUUGUAUUUGCUGGCUGCUUAAUGAAGGACAAAGGUGAUGCUGGGGUCAAGGAGCUGGACAGUUUAAAGAGUGACCGCCUGAGAACCGUCCAGCUCAAUGUCUGCAACAGCGAAGAGAUAGAGAAAGCAGUGGAGACCAUCCGCUCCAGCCUGAAGGACCCUGAGAAGGGAAUGUGGGGCCUGGUUAACAAUGCAGGCAUUUCAACAUUUGGAGAGGUGGAGUUCACCAGCAUGGAGACGUAUAAAGAGGUGGCAGAAGUGAACCUCUGGGGCACGGUACGCACAACAAAAUCCUUCCUCCCCCUUCUCCGGAGAGCCAAAGGCCGUGUCGUUAAUAUCAGCAGCAUGCUGGGUCGCAUGGCCAACCCAGCCCGCUCGCCAUACUGCAUCACCAAGUUCGGGGUAGAGGCUUUCUCUGACUGCCUGCGCUAUGAGAUGCACCCUUUGGGCGUGAAGGUCAGUGUGGUGGAGCCCGGCAAUUUCAUCGCUGCCACCAGUCUGUAUAGCCCUGAGCGUAUCCAGGCCAUCGCUAAGAAGAUGUGGGACGAGCUUCCCGAGGUCGUCCGCAAAGACUACGGCAAGAAGUACUUCGAUGAGAAGAUUGCCAAGAUGGAGACCUACUGCAACAGCGGCUCCACAGACACCUCCUCUGUCAUUGAUGCUGUCACACACGCCCUGACUGCCGCCACCCCCUACACCCGCUACCACCCCAUGGACUACUACUGGUGGCUGCGAAUGCAGAUCAUGACACACUUGCCGGGAGCCAUCUCUGACAAGAUCUACAUACACUGAAGAGGCUCCUGUGUCCUCUGCCAUGGGAUCUGGUGGGAGGGGGAAGGCUGAGGGGAGGGAGUUCAUACGGUUACCUUUUGAUGAUUUGCUGUGGAACAUCCACGGUCGUAGGAAGACUUAUCUUAGCAUUAACCUUACUUGUUCACGUGGUGGUAGGCCUUCACAGAUGUGGGGAUCACAGGUGGGUGACCCUAAGCCUCAAGGCCAACAUGGUGCUUCUAUCUAGUUCAAGUUGAUUUUAUACAAAUAUUUGUGGGAAAUAGCUUUCUAUUAAAAACAGAUUAUUAGACUAGUAUCCAAAAUCA